AUGUCACGCUUCUACGCGCGAUACGUGCCGCCUGCGAAGACGUUGUCAGACGAAACUAAUGCUAGUACGCAGCCGAGCUCUAGUUCAGACAAGCGUAAGCGCGACGAACAGGUCUCUCAGCCAAAGAACAAGAAGUUGAAGACUUCAAAGUCCGCUACCCAGCCUCCUACAGCGCUGUCGGAUCAAUUGGGCCCCCACAGCAUUCAUCCCAGUGAAACUUUCUCCUCUGCGAACGGGAACGUCAUCCUCGAUAAGUACCGGAUCACCGAGACGGCAAAGUCCGGGGGCGCCUCAGUCCAGGUAAGGACCAAACGAUUCAAGGGACCGCCCCAACAAGGCGAGCCAGAGGUGCGAAGCGAAGCUGCGGAAGAAGGCGAUGACCCGGGCAGUAGCAAUAAAGGAAGACCCGAGAAGGCACUUCGAGGACAAGAUGGAGAAGAACAAGAUGGGGAAGCGCAAGAUGAGACCCGGGCAGUGGCCAACAAUCACCGUGGAGUAGACUCAGAACGACAUGGUGCUGUACAGCUUGAACACGAAGCUGUGCCGAAACGCAAUAAGAGAGGUGGGAGGCCUGAGCGAAAUUACGCUGGAAAGGAGGCUGAGGAGACAGAGGAUGCGGCGCGUGCACAGAAGCAUGCUGCUGUCCUCUCAAAGUUCGAAAAAUCCAAGCAGCAAGAUCAAUUACAAACAAAGUCCGAGGCAACACCUGAGCAACCAACCCCAGAAUUACAUGGCCUUGAGCCAAUUCCUCAGCCUGAGCAGGUAGACAUUGUGCGCGAGAUGCCCGCCUACUCGAUUCUUCCAGCCUGGCAAGAGAAUCCCCUCCUUGUCCCCUCUGAGACCAACAAAGAAUUUAGAUCCUUCGGGCUUGCAGAAGUCCUGGCCGGAAAUCUGAGAAGGAAAGGUUUACAUCAACCCUUGCCAAUUCAAGCAGCAGUGCUGCCAUUGCUGCUUAAUGGUCCGGGUAAGCAUGCUGGCGACCUUUGCAUUUCAGCUGCCACAGGGUCUGGGAAAACUUUGUCAUAUGCCUUGCCCAUUAUAGCAGCACUAAAAGAUCUUCCUGGAAGAAAGCUCAGAGCUGUUAUUGUCGUGCCCACAAGAGAACUGGUAAAGCAGGUGCAGGACCUGUGUGAAGCUUGUGCGGCAGGAACUUCACUCAAGUUUGCAACUGCUGUAGGAAGCACAUCUCUCAAUGACGAGCAGCAAACGCUGGUCAAGGAAGAGAAGAUCUACGACCCUGAGGAGUACGAGAAAUGGCAACAGAGUCCUAUUGACUGGUCUAACUUUUCGCUGGCAGGUUUGGCACGGAAGGCGAAGGAUGAAGACCCGCUGGACUUAGUCGGCUACAUAACUCGAUAUCGGUCCAAAGUUGACGUGCUCAUUACCACACCAGGUCGCCUAGUAGAUCACCUCAGAUCCACCCCGGGGUUCACGCUCGACCACCUGGCAUGGCUCGUGGUGGACGAGGCAGACAGAUUACUCAACGAGAGCUAUCAAGAGUGGGUCGGUGUGGUCAAACCAGCUUUAGAGUCUCAAGCGGCCACGCAAAGGAGAGAUCAAUUGCUCAGACAUAUGCGCAUGACACCGCCAAAGCGAAGAGUGACGAAGAUCCUGCUCUCUGCAACUAUGACACGGGAUUUAUCCAAACUCAAUGCCUUGGGAUUACACAACCCGAAGCUGGUUGUCCUUGGUGGCGACAAGCCAGGCCAGAACAGAGACGAGGCAGAAACUCCCGCGCCCGAUACGCAGGACGCGAUGUUGCCGCAAAGGGAUGACAAGGAGACAUUUCACCUUCCCGAGACGCUUAAGGAAGUGGCAAUUCCCCUUCCAGACGGUUCAGAGAAACCAUUGUUCCUGCUCGAGCUAGUGAGGAAGCACAUUGGAAUAACUGCGCCAGUGUUCAAGGCUGCGACCAGUACCAGCAAUGCCUUGGUGGACACAGGGCUGAGGUCGGGUUCGACCCCAGAAUUGUCAUCUGGACCUGAGGAAUCUUCUUCCGAUGAAGCAAGUUCGAGUACGGACAGCGCUUCAGAGACGGAGAGAAAUGCAGGGCCGCUCAAAGAUGCCACGGGUACGGAGCCAAAGAGCAAGCAGCGUGAUCAGGCACCCCGAGCUCUGAUUUUUGCACGCUCCACCGCCUCCGCCGAGAGGCUCUCCAGGUUGAUGUGUCUCCUCGACCCUGAGCUGGCGAAGCAGGUUUCUACUUUGACCCGAAGCACCGCCUCGUCGGCUUCAUCCCGGCGGGCUCUGGCUUCCUUUCGUAACUCCAGAAUAUCAAUCUUGAUCGCAACCGACCGGGCCUCACGUGGUCUCGACGUUCCCGGUCUCGAGCAUGUCGUAUCAUACGAUGUACCUAACAGUGCUUUGACCUACGUUCAUCGCGUGGGACGGGCUGCGCGGGCUGGUAGAGGAGGUCAAGCAUGGACGCUUGUGGAACAUAGGGAAGCGGCCUGGUUUUGGCGGGAGAUAGGAGGUAAAGGCAAGCAGCCUUCGUCAGCGAAAGCACUCGCCGAACCCUCCAUUCACAGGAAGGGAAAACUGUCCAAGCUUCAGCUGAGCCUUGAGCACUCAGACCUCAAACAAAAAUACGAGGAAGCGCUUCGACAACUAGGACAGGAAGUGUUGGCGAAGCCAUGA